AUGUAUAACGUAACUUUUGAUCUUAGUAAAAAUGUUCGUAAUCCUUAUUCUGACAAAGAACAAAUUUUAAUAACUAAGCCAAAAAGUGAUUUUCAAAAUUAUACAUUUAUCCAACAUUUAAUUUCAUAUCCUAAAUUUGAAAAAACUGUAGAAUUUCAAAUCAAAUUUGUUAAUGGUGACACUAUUACAGUUGAUUCCAGUGGUUUUACGGACGGACCUUAUAAGGUUACUCGUUUAGAGCUAUAUUAUAAUGAUGAAAAUAAAAAUCCCCUUAUUUUUGGUGUAAUUAUUCAACCGCAAAGCGGAAAUUUGGGCACUUUAACACAGUAUAAACUGUAUUAUAAAUUUAGAGAGUUAACUUCUUGUGGUAAUACUAAAACUGUAAGAUUAGCAGAUCUAACACAAGUAGAAUUAGAGGAGGAAAACUUGGACUAUGAAUGUAAAGCAGUAAAUACCACUGUUGUAAUAAACCCAAACCAUGGUGAAGGUGAUUACAAAGCAGAAAUUGAGAAAAUUAAUCCUGAUCUUGAUGCAUCAUCAGUAGAAGUUCAUGUAAAAGGACCGGAACAAACAGGCAAUAAUGACUUUGUAAUGUACACAUACACACUUAAAGGGGGCGGAUUCACCAAACUAGAAUUCAAAUCAAAAGACUACAUUUUUAACUUAAUAGGAUUUAACGGUUCAAAUUUUAAUGAUAUUAACCUGGAUAACAUCACUGUAUAUUAUGCAAGUAAUGAUAGUCAAAGAAAUUUCCCACUUCUGAUAAGAUUCAUACCAAAAACUGACAAACAUUUUGGUGAUAACCAUAAAAACAAUAGCAUAUGCUACGAAUUAAAAAGUAUAAAUGAGAUAAGGUCAAAUGAUAAGACUAAUAAGUGGAAUUGUAAAUACAGUACAACUUCAUGUUUGGGUAGUAUAAAUACCGAGCUUCAAUCAAUAUAUCGAAAUGAAAAUAUUAAAGGUCAUAUCGAGAAAUUAAUUGGUUCGAACAAUGGUCCAAGGGUUGCAGCCACAAUUAUAGGUGUUUUGGGGGCAAUUAGCAUACCUGUUGGGCUACACCUUGAUUUUUCGAACAAGAGCGGAGCCGAGGAAGUACCAGAAUACUACACGCUAAAAAUAUCAAAUAAGGUAUAUGAAAAGGGAAGGAAUUUCAUAAAAGUGACUUAUAAUAUCCAUUACCACAUAAAAAUACCGUCCUAUUGUUUCUAUUUAUUCUUUGCAGGACAAUUUUAUUUAUUCAUCAGAAACAAAGAUGAAUACGUGUUUACCCACAGUGUAGAUUACAUUUCAGAGAUUGUUAAAUCAAUAGAUGUGUACUUUUCAGUCUUAAACCCAGAUGAACCCCUAGUUGUCACCUUCCACACAAAGCAGCCAAAAACAUACAACUAUGUAUACAGGACAUUAAAAAAAAUGUCAAUCUUUCACUCUAGCAAUAUGAACACGUACGCGUCCAGAGAGCCAUUGAAUAACGAGCUGAUUACGGAAUUAAGUAAUUUGUCCAACGGUGUGCUCUUCCACACAUCCACAGGGAGAAGCACAGAUCUUAAGCGCAUACCAAAGGAACCUGACAAGCGCGAUUACGUAGGAGGUGACGAAAAGUUCCACAGAGUUAUAUUUACGUGUACGGGAAAUAACAGAAGCUCAAAUUUAUAUAUCGAUAAACUGUUCCCAGAGGGAAACGUCUCAGGAUUCUCCUCACUGGACGGACAUAAGUUCGACGGAUUGUUAGUGUACUAUAGAAACGAUGACCCUGUACUGAUAGAGUUUGUAGAAGGUCUUGACACCAGACACCAAUACGUGUCGAAGGAUUCAAAGAAUUGGCACAAAGAUGAAGUGUUAUACACAGACGACUCAAGUUUGAGAAUUGAACUGGACAAAUUACCUGUAAAAUUCGCUACCAAAAUGACAUUAAGAACUGGAUACUCAAAUGAGAGGCUAGAGCAUUUGCACGGGAUAAAAUCGACCAACAGAAUAUUAAACAUCUUAAAGAAUUAA